AUGGGGCGAUUCCACCGAGCUCUGUGGCCGAUUGACGGGCCCACCUGCAAGGAUAUCAAGCAAACAUCCGUACCAGAUUGUUUCUUGGCAGCUACACUUUGUGUCCUGGCGGAUCGCGCUCCUCAUUGGCUGCAGUCCGCUGUCAGAAAAGUCGACCCAGAGGAUGCGGACGAUGGCAGUACAGUCGAUACGGCAGAAUUCAACAUCUUCAAGUACAGGGAGCCUGAAGCGAUUGAGCGGUCAUCUACCGGAGCGAAUCAAAUGAUGAUAGAUCAGACUUCCGACCAUGUAUGGACAAGAAUGAAUUACGCAGACGAUAUCAUGGGUGAAGAGACUGACGGUAAAGCCACAUAUGAAUCGACAGAUAUGAUUCCCACAUGGUGGGUACCAGGCUUCCAGAACGCCGCUCAGAAAAUGUUUGGAGACGAUUUCCUCCAAGGAGGUUACACCCUCGAAGCACUGGCAAUGCUAACGAACCGAAUCACGAUCGACAUUAGUGACGAUAUCUUCAAGAAAGCCAGUUACACCCCUGUCACGCUCGGUACAGUGGACGAUCCCGGUAAAUUGGUCGGAAACCACGCCUACGCUGUCCUGUCAGCUCAAAUGGAUGAUGAUGACGAGACUGUCACUCUCCACAAUCCCUGGGGCAAGACAGACACGUACAAGUUGAAAGACAUCUUCAACGAUAUUGCCCAUGUCACGCACCUGAAAAACUGGGACAUAUUGAAGCCAGCUUGA